AAUAGAGAGAUGUCCCAAACGACGGGGAAUCAUAGGGACCAUUCAUACCGCUCUAGUCUUCUGCUUCUGUUCAGAGAGAGACAGAGAGAAAGAGAGAGAGAGAGAGAGAGAGAGAGAGAGAGAGAGAUGGACCAGAGCAGUGCCGCGAAGCCCAUCAGAUGCAGAGCUGCGGUGUGCAGAGCCGGCGGGGAGCCGCUCCAGAUCGAGGAUGUGGUGGUGGCGCCGCCCAGAGCCUACGAAGUCCGCAUCAAGAUCAUCUGCACCUCCCUCUGCCACAGCGACGUCACCAUCUGGAGCAUCAAGGAUCCCGCCGGCUUCCCCAGAAUUUUCGGCCAUGAAGCCGUCGGGGUGGUGGAGAGCGUGGGGGAGCACGUGGAGGAGGUCAGCGUGGGCGACAUGGUGCUGUCGUGCUUCCUGGCGCACUGCGGCGAUUGCGUCGACUGCCGGUCGGUGCGGAGCAACGUGUGCUCGGCGGUGCCGCUCGGACUCCAGGAGGGGGUGAUGCCGCGGGACGGCACCUCCCGGUUCACCGACGCCUCCGGGGCGCCGGUGCAGCACUUCCUCAACGUCUCCAGCUUCAGCGAGUACACCGUCGUGGACGUCACCCACGUCGUCAAGGUGGCUGCCGCCAUGCCGCCCGAGAAGGCCUGCCUCCUCAGCUGCGGCGUCUCCACCGGAGUGGGGGCUGCAUGGAAGGUGGCUGCUGUGGAGCCUAAAUCUACGGUGGCAGUCUUCGGACUUGGAUCUGUCGGAUUGGCGGUUGCAGAAGGGGCGAGGCUGCAAGGCGCAGGCAGGAUUAUAGGUGUUGAUCUGAACCCUGACAAGUUUGAGAUCGGGAAGACGUUUGGGGUCACCGAUUUCGUAAACCCAAUGGACAUCGGAGAGCGAUCUAUCAGUGAGGUGAUUAAGGAAAUGACCGGUGGAGGUGCAGAUUAUUGCUUUGAGUGUAUCGGCUUAGCAUCAUUGAUGUCAGAUGCAUUCCAAAGCUGUCGGCCGGGAUGGGGAAAGACAAUCAUUCUUGGGGUGGAAAUGCACUUCUCACCAGUCAGCAUAAACCCCUACGAAAUCUUGCAGGGAAAAACCAUCAUGGGCUCAUUAUUUGGGGGAAUCAAGGCGAAAACCGACAUUCCAAUACUGAUGAACCGAUACCUUAAUAAGGAGCUUCACCUGGAUGAGUUCAUAACACAUGAGGUUGGCUUUCAUGACAUUAACAAAGCUUUUGAGCUACUGAUGGCAGGGAAGAGUCUCAGGUGCAUCAUAUGGAUGGAUAGGUAAAGAAGAUUGUAAAAAACAUAGGCAUUUCAAAGCGUGCUCUUUUGUGGUUUGUAAUAAAAAAGGCAAUAACUUGAACAUUCCUUGUGAUGUGGCUGCGUAUGCAUGUUUAAGAAUAAUGGAAGAGUGAUCCACCAUUUGUGUUCA